UCGAUUACCGCUCCUUAUAGACAAAGAGAGAGAGCUGGAGUACGGGCUGAUGUGUUCUAAAGCCCAAAGAGUGCGAUGAAGUUGGGUGGGCUUGGAACUGGGCCUGCCGUAUCGGCUCCGAUGACGAAGAGGGCUUUCUCAUAAGGCCAGCGGCGGAGGCGAAGGCGGAGGCCGAGCCAUCACUAUUGCGGUGAAAUGCGACUCAAUCUUCUCGAGGUCAGAUGAUCGUAUAUUGAAGCUCAAAUGGCGAUCAAUUCUGAAACGCCAAUUGUUACACUGCACUGUGGAAGAUUCUUUGUAGCUUAUACUUAUUAAAUCCUUCAGAUACUGCUGAUCCGAAACUUCUCCCAGAGUAAUGCUGAUUAUCUGAGAAAAUUUAUGGGAACACGUUGAAGAAUGCCAAAAUGGCCAAGUUUUCCAUUACGAAUUGGAGAUACGGAUACUUCCGCGACAGUAAAGGGCCUUCUGAAGCAGUUGAUAUCCACCACGUUGUUGUUCGUAGGAGUAAGGGUGGUGGAAAGGGUUUCCUCUUGUGUAUUUUUGCUGCCCUCGCAUUCUGUUUUUUCCUACUCAAGGACCAAUCAAUAUUUGUCGUCUUUUGGUGCUUGGUCUUGAAUGUAUUCUUUGCCAAGAAGUUGUUCAGGGGAAUGGUUGAAAAAGAGUCUGUUACAGUUAUGCCAAAUUUUGGAGUCCAACUUGAAACUCACUAUAGGAGUGGAAAAGUCAUCCGUCAGUUUGUGCCUGUCGAUAAACUUCUAAAAUCAGUUCUCCUUGAAUGCGUGACUCCAGUUACUUGUUACUGGAUCCUGUCUUUGAUUAUACAAGGGGAAGACAAGCUAUUGUUGGUUUUCAAGGAAUUACGCCCACCACUGAAAAUGUYGGUCCCUAUCUGGAAGGCUUUAUCUGCUGCUACUGGUAAUAAUAAUAACAGAGAUGCUUGUUCGUAAGGCCAUCGACAAUUAACUCUAGUUGCUGUGUAUGAUCAAUCAUGUGAUUUUUGCUGCCUCAAAUCCUACCCGCGGUUGUGUGUGUAUAUCAAUGUUUAAAUUUUAGUUGUAGCCAUUCUCAUUUCUUUUCUUUUCUUUCUUUUUUUUCUUUUUCUCUCUUCCAUUAAUGUUUGUUUGAUUCUAUCUCACAGGUACACCCUAUUGUUCUGGUCUUGUCUGAGAACAUUUUUGUUUGAAARUAUGACCUAUAGAGAAAAGAUAAUUGGAGUUUGGAACAAGCACACAACAAGAAUUCAAGAACCUUUUAUAUCUGGUU